CGGAAAUUAAAUCCGCUAACUUAUCACUAUCUUGUCAUUUCCCCAUGAGUGAAUUGAAACGAGCAGCAAGGCCAAGCUUAGGUGGACUGGGAAGCUCUCAUGGAGAUCAACAAGAAAGAGGAUAAAGGAGAAGAUGACAGCCCUGAGGGGGAGAUGACAAAGGAGGAUGUUUCAGAGCCUGUUGAGGGACACACUGUGCUGGGCUGGGCCUCCUCCCAUCAGCGACCGGUUAUCCACCAGGUGGCCUCCGCACCCAUGCCCAGUGACUGUGAGUUCUCCUUCUUUGACCCCAGUGAGCCACAGUGCAAGGAGGUUCUUCUGGAUCCCAGCACCACCAUACCAGAGCUGUUCGCUGUCCUCAGGCAGUGGGUGCCCCAGGUCCAGAAGAACAUCGACCUCAUCGGCAAUGAGAUCCUAAAAAGAGGCUGUGGUGUGAAUGAUCGAGACGGUCUCACAGAUAUGAGCCUCCUGCACUAUUGCUGCAAGGCCGGGGCCCCAGGCAUCGGUGAUGCAGAGACAGCAGCCAGCUUUGCCCGCCAGCUCCUUGCCCUGGGUGCUGAUCCCAACCUUCGCUCACGAUGGACUAACAUGAGGGCCCUGCACUAUGCUGCUUACUUUGACGUGCCCCAGCUUCUUCGGGUGGUGCUGCAGGCCUCCCAGCCUGGAGAGGUAGAUGCCACCUGCAGUGACUUUGACUUUGGCACCGCCCUGCACAUCGCUGCGUCCAACCUGUGCAUAUCAGCUGUCAAAUGUCUCCUGGAGCUGGGAGCCAACCCUGCUUUCAGGAAUGAAAAAGGGCAGUGCCCAGCAGAUGUGGUGCCUGACCCCCUCGACAUGCCCUUGGAGAUGGCGGAUGCAGCCGCUGUGGCCAAAGAGCUCCGGACUUUGCUGAGACAGGCUUUACCCAGACCCAGCUCCCCUUUGCCCCUCACACUGCCAGCCCAGUCCCUUCCUGUUCUCUCCGAUAAGGCCAGAAUACAGCUUGCCAGCAUGGGGAUCCGACUAGGUGACCGUGUGGUGAUAGCUGGACAGAAGGUUGGAACCCUGCGAUUCUGUGGCAGCACUGAGUUUUCUGGAGGCCUCUGGGCCGGAGUGGAGCUGGACAAACCAGAGGGGAAGAACGAUGGCUCGGUAGCAGGCGUUCAGUAUUUCACCUGUCGAAUCAAACAUGGAAUCUUUGCCCCCCUCUCCAAGAUAAGCAAACCUUUGGAAAGACAUAAAAUCAGCACCAGAAAGACGUCUACACCCAUAUGCCCCCCUCGUCGCAUAGACAUUUCUCGCAUCACCUCCAAAAUAAACACAGGUUUAUCUCCAUCUGUCAAAAAACCCCUUGAUAAUCAAAAAAGUCCACCUGGUCCCCAUCAGGGCACAGAGGGAGACGCCUCAGUGACAAAGACAGGUGUUCUUUCCCGCUCUCUCUCCUCCUCCUCGUCUUCACUGGACUCUCGGCAUGGGCCAGCUGCCCGGCCUCGUCCACUGCCAAGGCAACGUCUUCCUGCCAGACAGCGAAGGGAGCGUGCUUCCCUGAGUCCCAGGACCACACCCUCACCGGCCCUCCGCUCUUCUCCUGACACCACUGCACUUACCACUACAGGUAUUCGAAGUCGAACCCCCUCAGCUAGUAGCUCUGUGUGUGGAGCCCCUGAGGUGCGCCUGGGGGAGAGGGUGCUGGUGGUGGGCCAGAGAACUGGUGUAGUCCAAUUCUAUGGAAAGACCAGUUUUGCUCCAGGGCUCUGGUUGGGCAUCGAACUGGACAAGCCAAGUGGUAAGAAUGAUGGAUCAGUGGGAGGAGUGAGGUACUUCAGCUGCCCACCAAAACAUGGCGUCUUUGCUCCUCCGUCUCGUGUUCAAAGAAUCCAUGGAUCUGUUGAUUGCCUUUCAGAGCUCUCCUCCUCACGUCUCAGCCAUCCUUUCAGUGGGACAAUCCGUCGCAGUUUCAGCACAUCAUCGGCCAUCGCCACCCCCAAGGAGACGAGCAGAAAAAGCCCCUCUACCAGAAGUCGCUCCAACCCUCACCGUCGGCGCUGGAGUACUCUCAGCGGUGUUCCCGGGAGCACAGUAGGGUCCAGCCCUUCACCCAGCUCUGACGGACAGGUCUGCCUCCACGUGGGCAUGCAGGUGCUGCUCAGCAGUGCCAAUGAGAUGGCAUUCAUCCGUUACCUGGGUACAGCAGACUUUGCCCCGGGCCUUUGGCUGGGUCUGGAGCUCCGAACCCCUAAGGGCAAGAACGAUGGCUCUGUGGGCGGCCGCCGUUACUUCACCUGUCGACCUGGCCACGGCGUGCUGGUCCGCCCCAGCCGUGUCACCUACCGCGGCAUCAAUGGUUCACGCUUGGUGAAUGAAAGCAGCUAAGGACUGUAAGAGCCACAGUGGGGCAGGGCGGGAGAAGAAUUUGACAUGUAUUGACUUUCUGUUUCUGAUCUAUUCACAGCAAAAGAUUUAAGUUUAAACUUCUUGUUCUUUUUUGCGUUGCGCAAUAUUUCUCAUUCAUAUAGUUAAUCCUCUGCGCUCUUCCAGAGGUGUCGUAAGUUACAGUAAUAACACCAUGUAUUAAUAGUUCAAAUUUAAACUACUAGAUUUAGUUUUUGGAAAAAUAUAGGAGGCAAAGAAAGCACUUUAUAAAAUAAACUUUAAAUUCUUAUUAGAAUUUGUCUUGGCAGGAUACAGGGGGGGAAAGUCUUAAAGACAUAAAACACUGCACUACUUUUAAUCUGAUUGCACUGAGAAAUGAUAUCAAUCAAUAAGAUAGAUCAGAAUAAGAUAAACUGGAUGGUAUGGAUGUGCACACAUGAAAAACUAUUUCUAAUACCCAAAGCUAAUUUUGAUCACAUCAAGUAGAGAUUUUUAUCAGAUAAUUUAGGUGGUAAUGUAGCUUACUCUCUAACCAAAAGUGUGCAUGUGUUUGUGAUAACGUGCGCGUCUGCGUGUGCAUGUGUGUAUUAAUUAAGAGCACUUUGAAACAAGAGCGAGAUUGAUCGUUCCAGGGUCGUCAUAUGGCUCACAGAUAAUUGAUGGAAGUUGAGUCAAAACUGGAUUUUCACUUUAUGAAUCAAUGUGAAUUAAACAGAAUUUAAUUAAGCCGAGACCUCUGUGACCCCCCAUCAGAAUACAACCACAUCAACACAAGUUGUUUCCUCCUACAUCCAUCAGUCUCUGCCACAGACUGUCCAUUUACCCAACAAAUGAUGGUUAUGUUAUGCUAUUAGCAGCAGAAAUCUGUGUAUUGCUCUUUUUAUGAUUCUGUUAUGGCAAACAGCAGACUGGUAUCAACGUAAAGGCAGUGGUGUCAUUAAGGUACAACCCCAAUUACAAAAAAGUUGGCACACUGUGUAAAACAUAAAUAAAAACAGAAAACAGUGAUUUGCAAAUCCUUUUCAUCUUAUAUUCAAUUACACACAGUACAAAGAUAUUUAAUGUUCAAACUGAUAAACUUAAUUGUGUUUGGUAAACAAACACUCAUUCUGAGUUUGAUGCCUGCAGCACGUUCCACAAAAGUGCCUGGGGGACACGACAUCCAUGAUUUCCCAAAAACAAUUUGAAAUAUCUGCUCAUCAGACCAGGGCACACUUUUCUACUUUGUGUCAGUUGAUCUCAGGCCAAGAGAAGACAGCACCGUUUACAAAUAUUGUUGAUGUUUGGCUUUUAGUUUGCAUGGUAAAGUCCUAACUUUUGUAGAUGCAGCGAAGAACAGUGCUUUUUAAAAGUGUUCCUCAGCUCAUGUAGUAAUAUCCUUUAUACAGUUAUGUUGGUUUUUAAUGCACUUCCGUCUGAAGGAUCAAAGGUCACAGACAUUCAGUUUUCAGCCCUGCCCCUUACGUUCAGAGAUUUUCUCAGAUUUUCUGAUUCUUUUGAUGAUGUUAUGGAUUAUAGAUGAUGAAAUCCCUGAAUUCCUUGCAGUUGUGCAUUGAGAAGCGUGCUCCCUAACUGUUGGACUAUUUGUUCAUGCAGUUUUAUACAAAGUGGUGAACCUUGCGCCAUCCUUACUAUCCCACUUUUGUUGCCUCUGUCCCAACUUUUUGAAACAUGCUGCAGACGUCAAAUUCAGUAGGAGUGCAUAUUUACAAGGAACAGUCAUUAUUAUUAAAUGUCCUGUACUGUAUUCAGUUGAAUAUAGGUUGCAUUGUGUUUUUUGUUUUACACAAUGUCCCGAUUUUUGGAAUCCAGUCUGAACAACAUGUUCAUGGUAGCUGGGAACACACUAAAUGAUUGAAAGCCUGAGUAUAAACCUGACUUGUGUUGUUGUUCAGGAUUCAAACCUCUUUGCUUCGGUUUCCUCUCACUGAGCAUCAGACAUGUCAGAGCUGUCACAAUUUACGUCACAUUUUCAGUUUUUACAGCCUGAAUUUGAAAAACACUAAAUGUGACCCUGUAGUUUGAAAGGACAACUGUAAUAUCAGACCUGCCAGCUUCCCGGUACAGUAUGGUAUCAUUUCAUUUGUUGAAUACCACAGUUCAGAGCUGUGGAUGUGGCAUAAUUGCAUUUGACGCUUAUUUAAGCAGCUUGACACAGGAAAUAUGCAGCCAUCCAGAAGUUUCAAGGAUAGAGUUUGCUAUUUGAUUAGAGCUGUCUGGGCAACUCAGCAGAGAACAAGCUAUUGAUUGUGCAUGUGGAAAACAGGCCCGCUAUUCAGCAAAACACUCAUGUACCAUCCAAUUAAGGUGUGUAGGCCACAACAAGAGCCGUAGAAUCUCCAAUGGCCUCCUCUCAUUGAUCCGUCUGCCCCCUUUGAUUAAAAAGCAGCGGUGGUCGAAGUCCAAGGUUGUCUGAAAUAUCUGCCACAGAUCCAACAAAUGAAAUGAGUGAAGGUUUUAGAAGCGCAGUCUUUCCAAACUCACACUGAAACAUUUAAUCAACACUUUCUUCUUUAAAAAUAGCUUCUCAUUUGCAUCGAGGCCAUCUCUGAGAUAAUUUCUGUGGCAUUUGUUAGUGUUCCUCGUUUCAGAUCUCAUCUUUAGAUCAACUCACAUAUUUUGGUGUAUCUGCAGUCCCAAUUGUAUUACAGCAUGAGUGAUUUUUAAAUUCCACUGAUGGGUAUGAAAGUCUUUUGACGCUGUGUUCAUGUGGGUAAUAGAUUGUUUUUUCAUGAAUUUCCUGAUAAGUGUAUCUGAAGUGUGAAUGUGUGAGAAAGGGCUUUGGUCUGAUGCAUUUACAUGUUGUGGAAAAUAACAAUAUUUGUAAAAAAAAAAAAAGAAAAAACGAAAAUAAAAGAUUCUAUUCUAAUUUGACUCCUUAUCUCCAUGACACUCUCUUUCUCCUUUGGCUCUGUGCCUUUAUCGCGUGUGGUUGUACUAAUGAAAAAGAGGUUUGCUUGACUUUCUUGGACUGUUCAUAAAGUGCAGAGGAGUGUUGCCUUCAGGGAAUGAAAAUGAAAUAGCACAAGCACUUUGAAAUGGUUACACGUCUGUUCACUUACCAUCUGAUUCCACUGGGGCUCAUCUUAGCCAAAGCUGAAAAAGCCUGCUGCUGGAG